AUGCUGGAUGAGAGCCGAACAAGGCCAGCCUCAGGGACCCGCAGCAAACAAAGAGAUCUGGCUUUUGGAGCUUUGCCAAUCAUGCCACUGAGGUCAGUAGGGCCUAUGGUGGACGAUGGGAGGGGGAGAUGCCUACCCUCCAACUCUCUGAUGAACACCCACCAGCCCACCUGGGAUGACUGCCAGCAGUUGCUUCAUACCCUGUUCACUACUGAAGAACAGGACUGCAUAUUGGCAGCAGCCCGGAAGAAUGUAAUAGAAUUAGAUGGCUUGGUGACAACCAGACCUGAUGUUAUUGAUGACGCUUUCCCCUUGCGGAGACUGAAUUGGGACCCCAGCACGUAUGAAAGUAGAAGGAGCCUGUCCACUUAUCGCCAGACUCUCAUGAGAGGUCUCUGGGAAGCGGCUAGGAAGCCCACCAAUUUGGCCAAGGGGGGUUGGGGCUCCAACCACCUCCAAGAUCUCAGGGCUAAAUUUAAGGUGGAGGGAACUCCCAUAGACUUUGAACUUGACACAGGGGCAGUAUACUCGGUCCUAAAGAAGCCUUUGGGACCUCUCUCUAGUAAGCAAUCCUUAGUACAAGGAGCUAAUGGAAGUAGCUACCGUUCUUGGACUACUUCCCAGACUAUGGACUUGGGGAAAGGGGAAAUCAAGCAUUCUUUCCUGGUCAUACUGAACUGCCCCUUACCUCUAAUGGGAAGGGACUUGCUAACCAAACUCAGAGCCCAGAUAACUUUUGAAGAAACUGGUCCAGAGAUUGCUUUUCUAAAUCCCAAUGUCCAGCCACUUACCACCUCUGUCCUGACCAUUAGGGCUGAGGAUGAAUAUAGACUAUUCACAAAUGAUCCCUUGCCACAUGGAAACCAAAACACCAAUUUUUGGUUGAGACUAGUUUCGGGAACUUGUGCCGAAACUGCUGGACUGGGGUUGUCUACCUUGCAGGCUCCAGUAGUGGUAGAGUUGAAAGCCACUGCUGUCCUUGUGCGAGUCAGACAGUACCCCAUGAGUCAGGAAGUGAAAAAAGGCAUAACUCCUCAUAUUCGGAAACUUCUCCAACAGGGGAUUCUAGUACAGUGUCAGUCAGCCUAGAAUACUCCACUACUCCCAGUUAAAAAGCCUGGGACCAGGGACUAUUGGCCAGUACAAGACCUAAGGAAGGUUAACAGCCAUUUGGAAGUCAUCCAUCCCACUGUGCCUAACCCAUACAAUCUCCUCAGCUCCUUAAGCCCUGAAAGAGUAUGGUACACUGUACUGGACUUAAAGGAUGCUUUCUUCUGCCUGUCUCUACAUCUGGCCAGUCAACCCUUAUUUGCUUUUAAGUGGAGUGAUCCGGAGGCAGGAAUUUUGGGUCAACUAACCUGGACCAGGUUGCCUCAGGGAUUUAAGAACUCCCCUACCAUUUUUGAUGAGGCAUUGCACCAAGACUUAAGUCUCUUUCACAGCCAGCACCCCCAGGCUACCUUGCUACAGUAUGUGGACGAUCUUUUAAUUGCAGAAAAACUGAAGAGGAUUGCAAGCAGGCCACCCAUGACCUGCUAA